AUUUGAUGACUAGAUACCAGAUCCCUGGGGAGUUCCUACAUGUCUGCAGUGCAACGUGCGUCGUAUCUAAACAGGCCAGCUAAUUGCCAGCUAAACAACAGAAAAUGGCCUCAACUCGCACCGAAACUCAAACUUCCACCGCGGGAAAAACCUCUGGUCCUGCAAAACUGAACAAGGAUCCCACUAUAGCGCAGAUUUUUGAGAGUUUAGAGUACGGCCCAGCUCCCGAAGCUGCCAGCGGUGUCAACUCGUGGCUGGACGAGCAUGGACGAGACUUCGGACAUUUCGUGAACGGAAAAUGGGUUAAACCCGAGGGAAGGAAGGUUUACGAGACAAGAAAUCCUGCAACAGGAGAAAAACUGGCAUCUACUAUGCAAGGUGAACAAGAGGAUAUAGACCGAGCUGUUGGAGCGGCAAGAGACGCCUUUAAAUCAUGGAGUAAACUUCCUGGGCAUGUGCGAGCUCGUUAUUUAUACAGCAUAGCUCGUCAUGUUCAAAAGCAUGCUCGAUUGCUGGCUGUGCUUGAAAGUAUGGACAAUGGUAAGCCAAUCAGAGAGACGCGUGAUGCUGAUGUGCAGAUAGUUGCCAGGCACCUUUAUCACCAUGCUGGCUGGGCUCAGCUCAUGGAGACAGAAAUGAGAGAUUGGAAACCCGUAGGUGUUGUUGCUGCAAUAGUUCCUUGGAAUUUCCCAUUAAUGUUACUCUGCUGGAAGGUUUGUCCAGCUCUUGCUAUGGGUAACACUGUGGUACUCAAACCAGCUACUUAUACACGUCUGACAGCACUUCUGUUUGCCGAGAUCUGUGCAGAGGCAGGACUUCCACCUGGUGUAUUCAAUGUAGUGACUGGGAAUGGUGCAUUUGGAAGUUCGCUUGCUGCACACACUGAUGUAGAUAAAGUUGCUUUUACAGGCUCUACAGAGGUUGGGAAAGUUCUUCGAAGGCUGACAGCAGGCUCAGGGAAGAAGCUGUCUUUAGAACUUGGUGGUAAAUCCCCUGUGGUUGUGUUUGAUUCCGCUGAUCUGGACAGCACAGUGGAGGGCAUUGUUGAUGCCAUUUGGUUUAAUCAAGGCCAGGUUUGCAGUGCUGGUUCUCGUUUGAUUGUCCAAGAGACUUGUGCUAAGAAGCUGAUUGGCAAGAUAAAAGAGCGUAUGGCACAUCUUAGGGUCGGACACAGCCUUGAUAAGUGCGUUGACAUGGGAGCAAUAGUUGACCCUUCCCAAAAGAAGUCCAUCGAAGCUUUUGUCGAGGAGGCCAGGAAGCAAGGAGCUGAGGUUUAUCAAAAUUGUGCUACAAUACCGGCAGAUGGGUCUUAUUACCCACCUACACUGGUCACAAAUGUCCAGCCUGUGUCCAAGAUUGUCAUGGAAGAGGUGUUUGGCCCAGUUCUGACUGUUCUGACAUUCAGAACUGCCAAGGAAGGAAUAGCAUUGGCUAACAACACCAACUACGGCCUUGGGGGAAGUGUCUGGACAGAAAAUCUGUCACUUGCUUUAGAAGUUGCAUUAAGCAUCAAGGCUGGGUCAGUCUGGGUGAAUGGACAUAAUCUGUUUGAUGCUGCAGCUGGGUUUGGAGGCUACCGUGAGAGUGGGUUUGGACGAGAUGGUGGGAAAGAGGGCUUGUAUGAAUAUGUUUGCCCUUCUUGGCAAGAAAGGGCCAGACCAGCUGUGGAGGAUUACGACGUGAAGUCAUUUGGUUCUACAGUUCCUGCCACAGUGAUGAAUCCAAAUUCGAAUCCACUAAAACUCCCUCCGUUGUCACCAGGAAAACUGAAUGGAAUUGUUCCACCAAGCAUUGAUCAUACGUACAAAAUGUACAUUGGAGGGGCUCAGAAACGACCUGAUGGAAACUAUUCUCGACCAGUAUUGAACCUUAAGGGGGAGGUGAUAGGACAAGUUGCUGAUGGAAACAGAAAGGAUAUCAGAGAUGCUGUGGAGGCAGCACAUAAAGCAGCGCCAGGCUGGGGUAAACGAGCUGCCCACAACAGAGCCCAGAUUGUUUACUAUAUGGCUGAGAAUUUGGAGCUGCGGCACAAUGAGUUUAGCCAGAGAUUGUGUGACAUGACCGGCUGUUCUAUGGAGGAGGCCAAGAAAGAACUGGAUGUUACAAUCCAGCGGUUGUUUUACUGGGGAGCAUAUGCAGACAAAUAUGGUGGUACUGUACAGGAAACUCCAUUCUAUGGUGCUACAGUGAAGAUCCACGAGCCAGUGGGCGUGAUAGGUAUCACUUGUCCUGACAGCUGUCCGUUAUUAGCAUUUGUGUCUCUACUGGCUCCUGCUGUUAUCAGAGGAAACACUGUGAUCAUUAUACCGAGUCACAAACACCCAGUGAUUGCUGUCGACAUGUAUCAGAUCUUCGAUACUUCUGAUCUGCCCGGUGGCGUGGUAAACAUAGUAACAGGCGAUAGAGAUCAUUUAACCAAAUACCUGUCUGAACACCAGGAUGUGCAGGCUAUGUGGUACUUUGGCUCCGCAGAGGGCAGCAAAUUUGUAGAGUGGUCCUCAUCGGUCAACGUGAAACGCACCUUUGUGAACUACGGUCAGAGCCGUGAUUGGCUCGACAACUCUCAGGGGCAGGGAGAGGAGUUUUUGUUCCAUGCUACCGAAUGUAAAAACGUGUGGCUUCCCAUGGGAGACAUCUUUGCCAACUGAGAGGGAUAUCUGAAAGAGAUUCUACGGUAUAGUGGUGCAUUCCUUCUGUGAAGAUCUGCAGGAUUAAGUCACAAAAAAAUGAAAAAAUAUGUGCAACAUUUGGUAAUAUAUAAGAACACGAAUGAGAAGCACUUGACUAUCAGUGCAAAUAUGGGGUACGGUUAACAAUCAUAUUCCAAUAAGUCAUAUUUUUAUAGCCAAUUCACUCUGACACACUCAGUAUUGUUGUUAUAGAAACCACCAGUAAUUUGGCAUACUUAUGGUGUUUUUCAUCCAUCGUGACUCUUUCAUGGUAAAUCGCUUGUCAGCCAGUGUCUUGAUUCACUAUAAGUGACCCGUUGCCUAGGGGACAAAAAUAUUUAAAUAAGUGUUCUCAACAAGAAGUAACUUAAGUAGUCAAACUGUUUUAAAACGGUAGCCCAUGCUAAAUCAAAUCAAAAAGGGAAUUGCUAACUUGAAUUGCUGGUUUUUGUUAUGGGUCAAUUGAAGAAAGGGUGGUACGAUAAGGCAAUUAGUAAAGCGCAGACAUGUGUGAAAUGAAUUUUUGAAAUAAUAAAGG